AUGAAAGUCGCUAUCGUCUACUACUCCACGUACGGCCACGUUCUCACGUUGGCAAAGUCCAUCAAGAAGGGUCUUGAGUCUUCUGGAAAAGUCUCCCAGGUUGACAUUUUGCAAGUUCCAGAGACUCUUUCAAAGGACAUUUUGCAGCAGUUGCAUGCUCCAGAGAAGCCAAACUACCCUCUCGCUACCCCAGAGAAGGUCGCCGAAUACGAUGCCAUUCUCUUCGGUUACCCAACCCGUUUCGGUAACUUGCCAGCUCAAUUGGUUGAGUUCUUUGGCCAGACUGGUGGUCUUUGGACCUCUGGUGGCUUGUACCGUAAGCCAGUCGGUGUGUUCACCUCUGUGAGCUCCUCUGGUGGUGGCCAAGAAGUCACCAUGAGAAACUUGUUCUCCUACGUUGCCCACCACGGUAUGGUCUUCAUCCCAUUGGGUUACGGUAAGGCUUUCCCCGAUAUCACCAACUUGGAGGAGGUCCACGGUGGUUCCCCAUACGGUGCUGCCACUUUUGCUGGUGCCAAUGGUUCCAGACAGCCAUCCGACUUGGAAUUGAGAAUUGCCCACACCCAGGGUGAGACUUUCGCUGCCAGUGCUGCCAAGUUGGUCGCUGCUUCUAAAGCCCCAGCUGCUACCAAAAAGACGGCUCCAGCCGCUGCCGAGAAGAAGACCGCUCAGUCCACCUCACCUGCUACUAAAACCACUGAAAAGUCUACUGAGGCUUCCACCCCACAGAGAGUGCAAAAGCUGAGCACGCCGAACGCCAAGGAGGAGAGCAGCUGUGCUAAGUGCGUUAUUGUUUAA